AUUGAAUCACAAAAUAUGGGUAAAGAUCAAAAGGACCUUAAAAGGACUACUCCACAAUUAAUAGAGUCACGAAAUUUUGAGACACAAACUCAUUACAUAACAACCAGUGAUGGAUAUAUUCUGACAGUAUAUCGCAUCAUAAAUCCAUAUUUAAGGCACAAAUCAAGUGAUUUGAAGCCAAUCCUAUUGCAACACGGAUUCACUGCCAAUUCAGACGAGUUUCUAGUGUCAAGAAUUGGAUCCAUUGAUGCGAAUGGAAAAUACAGUGAAGACAAUAGGGUUACGGAUUGUAAUCGUCUUGCAAGAGUGGGCAAAACACUUGGGUUUGUAUUGUCCGCCUGUGGUUACGACAGGAAACAAGUACUCAACAAAUCACACGACACUCGACCCCAAAGAGGAUCACCACUUCUAAGAGUGGGCAAAACACUUGGGUUUGUAUUGUCCGCCUGUGGUUACGACGUGUGGCUGUCAAACAUCAGAGGAAACAAGUACUCAACAAAUCACACGACACUCGACCCCAAAGAGGAUCACCACUUCUGGAGGUUCACGAUCGACGAGUUGAGCCAAAUAGACCUCCCGGUGAUCAUCGACUAUAUACGCAAACAGACAGACAAACCGAAGAUUGGUUACAUCGGCUACUCCAUGGGAACGACACUCAUGUUUGCAUUACUGUCAUCACAACCAGAAUAUUCCGGAGUAAUUGAUCCGUUCAUAGCGUUAGCGCCUGUCGUUUAUUUGUCACGUCUUCCCAAAUAUUUAAAGCAAUUUACAAUACUUGAGCCGUUUUUGAGGGCAUUUCCGAUGCCUUUAAUACGAUUCGGAUAUUUACGCAAAUUGACGACAGAAAUACUGAGCGGACAGGAGCUGACUGACCACAUGGCAUACAUGAACGCCAUGGCCGCACACCUCAUCGACGAGUCGUCGACACUCGUGUUGUCACACUAUCUGCAGAUGAUCUCAAACGACAACUUCGGGCGAUACGACUACGGCUUGUCUCAGAACCUCUAUCUCUACGGCUCCCCGAAGUCACCCGACUAUCCCUUGGCUAACAUUACUUCCCACAGAAUCGCGUUCAUAGAGUCACCCGAAAAUGACAUCUUCAGCGGUCACGAGGAUCUGCAAAGACUUAAAAGUGAGCUCAAAGUGGAUCUACUCAUGGAUUAUCGCAUUCCUGACAAUAAGUGGACUCAUGUGGACUACCUGUUCCACAAUAGGGCUGAUAAAUAUGUGACCAAG